AGCGGUAUGCAGAGAGAGAGACAUAAGAGGUGGGACAGUUUGUCAGCUCUUAGUGGACGACAGCAUUACAGCAGCAUGGCGUUCACGUCCUUCUGCCUCCUGAUCUGCUGCUUCUUUGCAGCCACUGCUUCUGUACAGAUGAACGUUGCUCCCAACCAAUCUCAGUUCAUCAAAUAUGACCGCGUCACUCAUGUGUGGGGAACUCCAGUGGAUGGAUAGUGAAGAGGAACACAACGCACCGAACUGCUCAGGCAUGCCAGUAUGGCUGGGCAACCCCAAACGGGUCCUCCUGUAUCAUUGACUAUGCUUACCCACAAGAUACUGGAGUGUACUGGUGUGAAUCUCCAGAAGGAAAGACCAACACCAUCAACAUCACAGUGACUGCUCACGGUGUGAUCAUUAAGAGCCCUGUACAUCUGGUCAUCGAGGAAGAUGCUGUUCCACUUCAAUGUUCCUACAAGAAAGAGUAUGAUUAUGUUCCGACAUCAAACUUCUCUGCCAGCUUCUACAAAGAUGGUGCUUUUAUUGAGAAGAAAAAAGCAGGGAAGAUGACUCUGAGAGCAGUGUCCAAAUCUAAACAUGAAGGUUUCUACAAAUGUCAGCAUCCUUCUGGAAGAUAUUCACCACAAACCUGGCUGACAGUGAGGGGUGAAACUGAGAUAUUUUGCUCCUCUGAGCCGGUAGUAUCAUUCUGCGGCUCCAGCAUCGUUCUACAGUGUCACCUCGAGCCCCAGCAGGACGCAACAGACAACACAGUGAAAUGGACUCAGCAGAGUGAUGUUGUACACAUUCGUAAAGGUGAAAAAGACGUUCCUGGAGAACAAAUGGAGAGGUUUGAAGGACGCACGUCUCUGUUCUCUGAAGGUCUCCAUAAAGGAAAUCUGUCGCUCCAACUUUCCUCUUUAAAACCCUCCGACUCUGGAAGAUACAAGUGCUCCUUUCAGGUCGGCUCAGUGGAGAAGAGUUGUUACGUCAACCUCACUGUCGGGAGUCUGAAGUGACUUAGACCCCAAUGUACAGGCGCCAAGUUGGGGGGCAAUAAACAUGCCCACACCUGCUCGGCGCCUCUCACCAGGAGCAACUCCAGAAUGGAAGAGGGUCCAGCCCCUCUCAAG